AUGUCAUCCAAUUCUGGCACGCCUGAGGAUGAUUCUUUCUUUUGGGAAGCACACAAGGUAUCCUCAGUUGUGAUAUUCUCUGCCAUCUUCAUCAUACUAACUUUCUACAGCAUAUUUCAUUGCCUCUUCUAUAGAACCGCUCCCACUAGUUCCUCUAGAAACCGCACUUCAAGUGGGGAUUUGGACGAGCCCGACCCUGAUGAUCACUAUUCUAGACAGAUUCGAGGUCGUGGGUUAGAGUUGGGGGUCAUAUCGGCUCUUCCGAUGUCUCAGUUUAAGAAGAACGAGGGAACCAACAGAGAGUGCGCGAUAUGCUUGGGAGAGUUUGAAGAAGAAGAAUGGGUUAAGAGACUUCCUAGCUGCGCCCACGUCUUUCAUGUUUCCUGCAUAGCCACGUGGCUUCGGUCUCACUCAAGUUGUCCUCUCUGCAGAUCUAAUGUCAAUUAUGAUCAUCUCGCUCUUAACUUGGACUCCCCUGUUUCUUACUACACAUCGCUACGCGAGACGCUAAACAGAGAAGGCUCUUCGGUGCCAAGGGCUUCACAGUUAGGCCGUCAGGCAUCAACAGUACAACCCAUCUCAUGUUCCAAUUGA